CCGAACGUCCCCAUGGCUGCAUCGCCGCCGCUCACAUCCUUCCAUGGGGUUCGGCGCCCUCCUCUCUCCCUGGCUCAUCUUCCUCCUUGGGCAGCUAGCGGCAUGGAGGAGAAGUUGGCGACCUCAUCUCCUUCAUGAGGUGCCUGGUGACGUGGGCGAGCUCUGUGCCCUCUUCUCCCUCUCGAGGUGGUCGGCGAUGCGGUGGAGGAGCUCGAUAUCCCCCUUCCCCUACCGGGCGGUAUGGCUACCGGCGGAUCUGACGCGCCCAGAUGUAUUUACCCUAGCUCCCUGGCGAUCCCUCGCUCUCUCUCUCUCUCUCCCAGACGCGGUGGCGAACAUGGCGUGUAGGACGAGAGGGAGUUGCCUCUCGCCGGCAGUUCACAGCGCACCGUGUGCCGGCCAGGGAGGUGCUCCCGUACCCUUCGGCGGUGGCCAGGCUGAAGGAAGUCGGCCUCUCGCUGCUCACAUACGGCCUGCUCAAGUUGGAUGUGUUUAAGGGGUCAGGGUGAGAAGGGGACGUAUUGCCUGGCCCGAUUCCCAUCUCUCGAAUUUAGAUGGAUGCAUAUAUGCAUAUUAUAAGGCUGCACUAUUUCCUGCUGUUUGUUUUGAUUCGUUUUAUUGUUCCUUCUUCUCAUGAAGCCGUCUGUUGCUGUUGGUAUUCUGGUGGUACAUGCGUCAUGUUAUAUUAUUUGACUCGUGGUUAAAUAGAGAACCAAAAUAAGUAACUGCUUCGUAUGCAAAUAAAGAAUUGCCAGGCUUACUAAGCGAUUUUAUCUCUGAUUUCCCUAACCAGAUUUCAUUAGCAUUGCCUUUGUACAUUUUAAAUUUUCCUAGAAGUACUUGCUCCUUAAUUGCACCAUGGUAUGGUCAAUCUACACAAGAAUAAGUCUCAGUUUGUUUCCUCUUUUGUAUGCCAGCACUGAUUGCACAAGAGUUACUCUAGGAAACCAAUUGCGCCUUUGGUUCUGUAAAUGUUCAUCCCAAAUCUUGGUUGAUUAAGCAAAUUCUUGCAAAGUUUGGUGCUAUGUCAAUCCCUUAGCUUAACAUCAUUUUCAUUAUUAAUGUCCGUACCAGUAGUCGUGCUUGAAAUGUGCAAUGAUUUAACAUGUGAUGCUCACGUGCCUUUAUCCUGGUGUAGUACAUUGGAACCCAUAGAAACAUGAGCUUAAUUUUGUUUUGCAUGAUUGUAGGUCAUAUGUCACAUGUUUCAAUCAAGUACCGAAUUCUCCUGCUGUUUUUUUUUCAUUCUGAAAAUCUAGCUUUUAUCAUGUCAAAUUCAGUAUUCAUAGCAUUGAUGGCAUCUCAUGUUUCAGUCAAGUGCACCAAAUUCUCCUGUGAUUUCCCUUCUGAAAUCUAGGUUCUAGCGGUUCUUCUUAAGUUAUCAUUUUCUUUGUGCAUGGGAAAACUUCCCAACCUUCCAGCUCCUUAUUUUUUGUGUGGUCUCUCUUACCUUGCAGAUAUUAGUCUCCUGUGUGGGUGGGCAUUCAGUAACAUGGCAGUUCGUAUCGUCAAUACAAUCACAACCAAAUUUAGUAAGGAUACAGUGCUAACAAACUGAUGGUCAUACAGUUGGUUUGCAAGAUUACGCCCACGAUGAAAUCAGCAUCAGAGAGCUAUGUACGUUGCACAUGAAUUUGGUAUCACAAGAAUCUUCGCUUUCAAAAGCACUUCUGUAACAUGUUGGGGCGUCAACAUACCAAUUCCUGAGAUGGACAUUCUACUUGAGAGUCUCCGCAUCAUUAUGUGGCAAUGCCCGGGUAGUACAAAGAAGGAACCAAUUGAAACAACUCUUUAUGCUUUGGCCAUAGAGCCCAUAGAGACUCUUGUGGUACAGUCUUUCAGUCACGUUGAACUGAACAAUGGGAACAAGACAGUGUUUGGCCCACUCAUGUUCCUGGGUGACAACAUGAUUUCUUUCACAAGCAAAGAUGCAAUUCUGCUUGUGGAAAUCACCAAAGGUUGAGCCGACUUCGCCCCUUCUACAAUUACCAAUACAGUAGGCAAAACAUGUGUUGUUGUCGCUGAAGUCAUAGGAAGCUCUCGAUGCCAAAAAUGUAAUUCCCUUUA